AUGUACCAAUUACAAAAACUUUUUUUAGUGGGUACUUUCUCUUUGCGGUAUUCCACCUUUGCCAGUUUUUGGAUGGAAUCUCAGGUGAAGCACGCCCUUGUUGUUAAAGUAAUGGGUCGUACUGGGUCUAGAGGGCAGGUGACUCAGGUUAGAGUGAAGUUUUUGGAUGAUCAAAACAGGCACAUCAUGAGGAAUGUGAAAGGACCUGUGAGAGAAGGAGACAUUCUCACCCUGCUUGAGUCCGAAAGAGAAGCAAGAAGGGAUAUAACCACGCUUGACGUCACACUGAUUUCCGAUGUUGAAGACCUCGCGAAUGUUGAAUUCCCUGACACCGUGCAUCAAGUUAGUACUGAUUCAUGGUUUCAGAUGAGAGCGGGGUUAGAGGUGGAACCUGGUCAAGUUCGGAUUUGGAUCCGAACUCGGGAGAUUGAGCUAGCGCAAAGGAGAAAGGUGUGGUUGCAGUAG